AUGUCCAAAAAACCGGGUGAGAAACUAAACCACAGCGAGUCCAAACACCUGCCGAUCUAUCGGCACAAAGCCAAACUGGUCCAGGCGGUUAAAGACAGCCCUUUCCUGCUGGUCACCGGGGAGACAGGAAGCGGGAAAACCACACAACUUCCACAGUACCUGUAUGACGCAGGUUUUUGUAAAAAUGGUAAAGUCGGCGUCACCCAGCCCCGUCGGGUGGCUGCCAUCACGGUGGCCCAGAGGGUGGCUCAGGAGAUGAAGUGCAUUCUGGGAAAGGAGGUUGGAUACCAAGUACGCUUUGAUGACUGCACGUCACAGGACACGGUGGUGAAGUACAUGACGGACGGCUGUUUGCUCCGAGAAAUCCUGGCAGAUCCUGUUCUUUCUCAGUACAGCGUUGUCGUACUGGAUGAAGUCCACGAACGCAGCCUUAAUACAGACAUUCUUCUGGGUUUGUUGAAGAACACCUUCUCCCACCCCUCUAAAGCCGCUAAGGGCCGAGCGUUCCCUCUCAAAGUGGUGGUGAUGUCUGCCACUUUGGAAACCGAAAAACUUUCAGCUUUUCUCAGAAACUGUCCCAUCUUUGCAAUUCCCGGGAGGGUAUUUCCUGUAAUGUGCACGUUUGGCUCGGCUGUUGGACCAAAGGAUGUGGAGAGCACGUUUUACGUCAAGGAGGCAGUUAAAGUGGCUCUGGAUGUGCAUACCAGUGAAAUGUCUGGAGAUAUUCUUGUGUUUUUGACAGGCCAGUCAGAGAUCGAGCGUGCGUGUGACUUGAUGUUUGAAAAAGCUGAGAACAUCGACUAUCGCUACGAUGUGCAAGACCCAACAGUGGACGGCCUUCUGAUUUUACCCCUUUACGGAUCCAUGCCCACUGAUCAGCAGAGGCAGAUCUUUCAGCCCCCACCUCCAGGAAUAAGGAAGUGUGUUGUAGCCACAAACAUAGCAGCAACAUCUUUAACCAUCAAUGGCAUCAAGUACAUCGUGGACAGCGGCUUUGUGAAGCAGCUCAAUCACAACUCGAGGGUGGGCAUGGAUGUGCUGGAGGUCGUGCCCAUUUCAAAGAGCGAGGCCGAGCAGAGAGCUGGCCGAGCGGGAAGGACUUCUGCCGGGAAGUGUUUUCGAAUUUACACCAAGGAAUUCUGGGAAAAGUGCAUGCCUGAAUACACAGUUCCUGAGAUUCAAAGGACGAGCUUGACGGCAGUGAUUCUCACACUCAAGUGUCUCGGUGUUCACGAUGUGAUCAGGUUUCCCUACCUGGACUGUCCUGAUGAGCGGUUUAUCCUGGAAGCACUGAAACAGCUCUACCAGUUCGACGCUAUCGACAGGAGAGGCAGAGUGACUGAGCUCGGACAGCUGAUGGUAGAGUUCCCUUUAUACCCGGGUCUCACCAGGGCUCUGCUCAAAGCUGCGGCGCUCGGCUGCCAGGACCUGCUGCUCCCUGUGGCAGCCAUGUUGUCCGUGGAGAACAUCUUCAUCAGGCCAGGUCAACCUGACAAACAGAAAGAAGCAGAGAAGAAGCACAGGACCCUGGCUGCAAAGACUGGGGGCAUGAACGACUUCGCCACGCUGCUCAGCGUGUUUCAGUUGUGCAAGUCCAGUGACCGGCCGUCAGCUUGGUGUAAGGAGAACUGGAUCCACUGGAGGGCGCUGAAGUCCGCCUUCAGUGUGGAGACUCAGCUGAGGGAAAUCCUGUCCCGCCUCCAGCAGAGGAAAGGUUUUCCCGUUGAAACAUUUGAUGGAAAUAAAAGUGAGCUGCUCAGACGAUGCCUGUGCACGGGAUAUUUCACCAAUGUUGCCAGAAGGUCUGCUGGUAAGGUGUUUCGUACAAUGGAUGGCCAUGGAUCUAUGGUCCACAUUCAUCCAGCAUCAUCUCUGUUUGAGAAAGAGGCAGAGCUGAACUGGGUCAUCUUCCACGAUGUGCUGGUCACCUCGCGGGUUUACGUCAGGACGGUGUGUCCGAUUCGAUACGAGUGGGUGAAGGAUCUGUUGCCCAAACUCCAUGAGGUGGACGUCUAUGAGCUGAGCAGCGUCGCGAGAGAAGAAGUAACUGAGGAGGAGGUGAUGAAAUGGGAAACCAGAGAAGCUGCCAAAAGACAACAAGAGGUUUCUGCUGAAGCCGUGAUGAAGAAGCUGGAGAGACGCAACAAUGAAACCACGCUGAGCGACGCUCGAGCUCGCUACCUGCAGAGGAAGCAACAAAGACAAAGUAAAACCUCCUGA